GCAAGCUGUGUGCAUGACAUCACCGGUGCCCUUAUGCCUGUUUGGCGACAACAAAAGGUCUCUUGUGGGCGGCAGCUUCCCCUUUGGCAUUUGUUUCAGCGCCCAAGAGCCAUUUCUGCCCCGCGCGCAGUUCCUAGUCGGAGUGAUCUACGCGCCUAACUGGUAGUAACCUCGCUGCGCACUUGGGCAUCGUCUGAUUGACUGCUCCGCCUCGGGCUUCUCCUUUUGAGCUGCAGACGCCCGUGCAAACGUCAUUCCCGAGGUCUCCGCAGCAGCAGCUGGAGCUUGCGACCUACAGCACCACAAUUCUGCUGCACCGUCCCCGAUAUUCCCCAAGGCCUUUCCGUAAGCGUUGCGACAAGUGCUCGCAAUGGCGUCUCAGCGACCUGUCACGCCCUCGGGUGGCUACAAUGGCAUCCCCCCGCCCCAAGACCCUGCGCAUCUGAGCAGAGGAUAUGGUGCCAAUUCGCACCUCAAUGUCGACGGCAACGACUUUGCGAACACGCCCUCUGCGCCGGUGGAAUCUUCGCCGCUGUCGCAAUCGCUGAACCGCUACGACGGCGACAGGUUGGGCAGGUUCGAGGAGAACUUCGACGCGCGAACGCGCGGUUCCUCAGUACUCGGAGACGGCGAACACGUGCCCGCCCGGUCCGCCUCGCGAGCGUCUACCGUGGGCCACGGUGCAUCAGGGACAGCUUCAGGCACUCCCUCGCGCAGCGGCACCCUAAAGAAGCGCGCGUCCGUCAAGAGGAGCGGCAGUCUGAAGCGCAGCAGCAGCAGACGCAGCGUGCGUGCGGGGAGCAUCAAGGGCGUCGAGUUCGCGGACGAGGAUGGCAGUGGUGUUAAGCACAACAGCGUCUUUUAUACCCCCGUCCCAACUUCAGGGUCCCCCACCGACAUCCUUGCAAACCGCUUCCAAGCGUGGCGGAAACUGCUCAAAGACCUCAUUACCUACUUUCGCGAAGUCGGCGCCUCCUACGAACACCGCUCCAAGGCCCUGCUUAAGGUCUCCAAUGUCGUCAACAACACCAACGCCCCCGCGCUGUUCCUUGCCGACGGCGGCCUGAACGACGCAAACAAGAUCCUGCGCGACUACCACAAGCAGGCUCUGUCCGAGUCGAACAAGGCCAAGGAGAUUGAGAGCGAGGUUGUCAACCAGCUCUCCGGGCUCCGGGCAGACCUGAGCCAGAAGAUCAAGGAAAUCAAGUCCCUGAGCGGCGACUUCAAGAACUCGGUGGACAAAGAGAAAGAAAACACCCGCAAAGCUGUGGGUGCACUGGAGGAGUCGCUUGCCCUGAUAGACUCCGAUCCAGCGGCCGUAGCUGGCAAAGGCGACCCAUUCGUGGUCCGCUUGGGUGUGGAACGACAGGUCGAGCGCCAGAUUGAUGAGGAGAACUACCUGCACCGCGCCUAUCUCAACCUUGAGCACUCUGGACGCGAACUGGAGUCGAUCGUUGUGGGCGAGAUUCAGAAAGCGUACAAUGCGCUCGCGAGCAUCAUGAAGCACGAGGCUGACGAGAAUUACUCCACCAUCGAAAAGCUGCGAAGCGGGCCUGUGGGCAUGUCUCGUGAUCUGGAGUGGAACGAAUUCGUGACGCACGACCCGCAUUUUGUGAACCCCAACCUGCCUCUGAGGAGGCUGGAGGACAUUGAGUACCCAGGCAAGCACCAUCCUGCUGCGGCUGAGGUGAGAGCGGGGAUGUUAGAGCGCAAGUCAAAGUAUCUCAAGAGCUAUACGCCAGGCUGGUACGUCUUAUCGCCUACUCAUCUGCAUGAGUUCAAGAGCGCGGACCGUAUCUAUACUCAACCGCCGGUUAUGUCCCUGCUCCUGUCUGAUCAGAAGUUGGGGAGCCACGCUCAGCCCAACAGCAGCUCGUACAAGUUCGUGAUCAAAGGCCGUCAGACUGGCUCGAUGCACAGAGGACAUACAUGGAUUUUCAGGGCCGAAACGUAUGAUACCAUGUUGGCCUGGUACGACGACAUCAACAGUCUGAUAGACAAGACCGGCGACGAGCGAAACGCCUUCGUCACGCGCCACAAACGCAGCAUGAGUACCGGCAGCACCCGCUCAGUCAGCUCCGAUGGAGGCCUAGAAGAGGACGAGGCAGACCAUGUUCCCUUCUCCGCAGCACAAUCGGUCCAGAACCAAGGCGUCGCAGAGUCCGAGCGUCCGUCUCGACCCAGUCCAGGUGGGCGAUUCCCAAGUGAUCUCCAGGUCGACCGAAGCUUACAGGCGCGUGGCCCUUCCAGUGGCAGCUCAUCGGAAGUCGGUCUUGAUCUAGCAACCGCAGCCGGAGGCCCCCAGAUGGCACAUGCUAGCUAUCCAAACGCAUACGAUGACCGCACCCCGUAUGACGCAGCGUACGGUCCUGGCAAUCCCUACGAGUAUCACCCGGACAACCCGCAGCAGCAGUUCCAGCGGGAGACCUCGUACUUUGCGAACAAUGCACCGGAAACCCCGGGCCAGGGUGCUGCAAACCCGCCGUAUCCUAAUCAGAACGCCAGCCAAUCUGCUAUCCAACCUGUACCCUACCAGCCCUACCAACCUUCCACUGGUGCCCAAACCCCCGUCCCUCAGCAACAACCUCAAAAGCAAUACCCUACCUUCGGCCAGGGCCAGCCCCAGAUCCAGACCCAGCGCGUAGUAAGUAACUAUGGUGACUGGAUGGCCCCCGCCGCCGCCGGAGCAGGCGGCCUUGCCGCAGGCGCCGUCGGUGCCGAAGCCCUCCACCGCCACCGCGAGGCUCCAGACCAAGAAAAUGAAACCAACGCCGCGCUCGCCGGCCCAACCUCAACCUCCGCACCUCAAGACUACGCCUCGCACCCCGCGUCCCAACUCGUCUCGCAGCACGGAAACGCCGCGCUCGUAGGCGGCGCCGUGCCCAUCCCCCCACGCUCCGGACACGGCCUCGACGACGAAGGCCACGAGGCGUUCUCGGGCGUGAGCAAUCCCGUGAUGGUGACGACGGAGGGCCAGACAUCCGCUGUCGCCCGCGAGGCUGUUGUCGGCGUGGCGGCGCCCGUGGUCAGGACUGCGGAGCGCAUCCCUGAGCCUGAGUCGAGCGCGCGCGACUUCCCGCAGGCGACGCCCGGGCUGGUGGCUGCGGAGGAGGGGAAGCAUAUCGGCAGUGCGAAUGGUGAGGUUGUUGGCGGAGGCAGUGGUGAGGUGAAUGUUGUGCCUGGCGUGAGGAGGCAGAAUACCGACUUCAGUGUGAGCGAUUUACACGUGCCGGGGGAGUAUCCGAAGCAGAAGGCUGUGUAGGCGUCGUUUGCAAUGGUUGCUUUGGGCUGUGUCAGGUCUCUGCUUUGCGUGAGUCUACGUUGGCGCUGGGUCUCGGAGGAUUUCUUGGGCUGGAUUGGGGACGGGAUGGGUUUGGGCAUCUGUGUACAUGACGAAGACACGGUUCGGUACGGUACGGUACGGCUCUAGUGGGAAUUUGGGACUCGGUGGGUUUGGGAGGAUGGUUGGUAGUAAUGGUGCUUUGUGCAUGCGAUUUAGUCUCUUAUAUCCUUGUUAAUGUAUGCUGCUUAUGUCUACG